GAUAUCGAAAUACAGGUCAGCGACUUUAGUGUGCUCGCCCGGAUCAUGCACGCGGCGGACUGACACAGAUUGCUGACUGCUGAACACUAUUCCAAUACUGUAGUAUAUAUCAAGCAAUGAGUGCCGAUCUUCCCAUCCUUGAUGAUGAAGUCACAAAAGGAUCACGCUUCAAGAACCGAGUUGUUAUCGUGACUGGUGGCGCAUCCGGAAUCGGUCGCGGGACAGUAGAACGAUUUGUAAAUGAUGGGGCAAGACAUGUGUCUAUUUUCGAUUUGGAUGCAAACGCAGGAUCUGAAUUGGCUACGCAGCUCUGCGGAGCUGGUUGUGGAGUGACAUUCCACGCAGUCGACGUAUCGGAUAAGGCAAGAUGCAUUGAAGAGGUACAGAAGGUAGCGGAGCAAAAUGGCGGCGUCGUCCACCAUCUUGUCAACAAUGCCGCAUACUUUGACUGGAAAGGUUUGAAUGCUGAACAUGAAGACUGGCGAAGGACAAUGACAGUGAACGUGGAGGGUUAUGCCAACAUGGUCCAAGCAUGCUAUCCUUAUCUGAAGAACGGUAAAGAUUGCACAGUCGUCAAUGUUGGAAGCAACUGCGCCCAUCGUGCACAGCCGAAUCGUUGGACCUACUCAGCAAGCAAGGGCGCCAUCGUAUCCAUGACAAAAUGUAUGGCGUUGGACCUUGGAAAGUACGGCAUAAGGGUGAAUUCCGUAUCACCUGGGUGUGUUUGGACACAAGCGACUGUCGGGGCGAAAUCCCCGGAUGAGGCCGCAGAGGUGAAGAAACAAGCUGCAGGGUGCCACCUGAUCGGACGCGUGGCCCAUCCUAACGAGAUUGCCGCAGCCAUAACGUUUCUCAGCAGCCGUGAUGCAAGCUUUUUCACUGGAGCGGAUGUGCCCGUAGACGGCGGCCAUGGCGCGAUGAGCGGCGAGAGAUUUGGGUUUAAAACGCUCCAUGAAAUCAAGGAAGACUGAGUCGCGAAUAUUUCCUUUCAUCUAAAUAAAUCCAUUGCCUGAUACAUGGAUAUGUGUUUUACAAUCAUAACAAUGCAGGAUGUGUUAGACUACAUCCUCCAUCCACGAGUCCUAAUUUAAACAUUGACAACCGCCCAGUAAACAGGAACUCUAUUUGAUAAAUAUCAUAUACCUCGACUGAAAGUAAACCCUAACAAGCCCUCCCGCUCCUAAUCAGUACCUCCCUCAACACUGUCAGAAUCGUUUACACAUUCAUGUUCAUGAACGAUCCCUAAAUCUGUCCUUUACGAUACUGGUGAAAUAUGUCGUGAGCGUCUAAGGUCUUAUCCUCACCUUUCCCAGCUAAAAUUCUGCUGACCUUGGUCUUGCACGUCCCGUGUGACAUGGUAUAGGCAGCUCUCCGAGAGAUCUCAUCUCGAGGAAACCGGGGGUUGGGAUGGAGAAGCGAACAUUAACUCCUAAUUUCCUCAGGAUGAGAUAUCUUGAUUCGUUACAAUUCAGUAAGAGUAAAUAUAUCAACAGUCAAUAAAACCCUGUUAUUGCGCCGUUUAGUGGGUGCCACUAGUAGCAUUCGACACCCUUUGCCAAAAAAUGAAUGGUCUAGAUUCUGUAUUAUUAUUGAAUACAAAAAGGCAAUUUUUAUUUCUUGAAAUGUGGACAUCCUGCUUUUCGGUAUGAGGCUAUUUUCUGGAAUAGGCGCUACUCUGGAAGCGUAGAGUAAAGGAUAUUUUCUUACGUGUUGCCUAUCAAAGAAGAAAACAAGAAACAAGCUGGCAUUAGGGCACCACUUACAGUCAAAAAUCGGCCUCGGUAAUAAUGGUUGCAUGGACUUCCGGAUCUCUCUGUACCGGUUCAGUCGUUGGAAAAGGCAAAUAAGUAAUUUUCCCGGUCCGGCACCUAGGGCGAUGGCAUCACCAGUCUUUGUUAACUUCAAACGCGUGUAAACAACAUCAUUUCUCUUGGGCACCUCAGCUCCUUCAAGCAAUUUGAUUGUUUCGUUAAAGCUAACAAUAUCGUAAAUAGUAUCGAAAUGUCGACGACUCUCUCUACCUUUUGAACAAUGUAUCAAGACUUUCUCUUCAUAAAAUAUGAUAUAAAAUGCUCCAGGUUGAUUCAAUUUAUUUUUCAUACAUUGGUCCUCGCUAGUUGGGAUAGUAAAUUCAAAUGUAACACGUCGCAAGUAAAUGUUGUACAAUCUGAAAAGCCCGUAUUUGCACAUAACCGUUAAAUGCAGAUAAAAAUGCAGACUAAAAAGGUCCAAACGUACAGAGUCCGGGUUUGGGCAUAUUGUAAACGGGUUCAUAGACGAGUUGUAGGUGGCAUUAAGUGUUUUGUUUUUAAACUGAUAAACAAUAAAGGUAUCCAGCGGUUGGCCAUCUCCAAUUGACAUCACAGUUAUAGAUUCCGAAUUGGCGUCAUAGAACCACCUGUCUUUAUCUCCUAGCACAACUGGAGUCUGGAAACUCCUUGAUGUACGCUUAUAGUGCCACUCACAGGGAUACUUUCAAGAAUUGAGAAAUAAUUGUGCAAGUUUAAUUACCAGUUAACAUGUAUGCGGUGCAUGCUUGGAAAGGACAUCAACGAAACUGCGACGGAUCUUGCUUACAUGUAGUUCCUGGCUGGUUUGGCUGACACAGCCGCAGUUUAUUUCCCCUUAAUAAUGCCUUUGCAUGUCCGUUGACAGCCGUACAUGAACAGUGCUUAAGAAACCCCGCCGACGCCAAAUUACAUCAUAAUCGUAGCAGCAUGGCUUCCCCAGAAGUAUACGACUUGUCUCCAUGAAGGAGAGUCUUGCUAGCGAUGUCUUUUUUUUAAGACUGCUAAGGAAGUUAUCAGUCGAAUAUCUUUGUGUUUGACCACAUUUUGCGUGCAAACUAUAUCCCCGCGUCUGUUUGUCCCAACGAAAUUAUGACGAAACAGCAAUGAUUUGAAAAAAUUGUGAUGAACAAUUUUCACCUUUCUGAGUGGAGCGCUUGACCCUUUACACAAUGGCAAUUUUGGCAGAAGAUUUUUCCUCUGAGGGCAGUUUAUUUGAAACCCAAGUAGUAUUUUCAUAUCAUAACUAUGAUGGCAAAUUGUAAUAAUUGACCCCGCUGAAGGGGUGAAUACUAGCGACCUGUCGUCCUCCCGAGCACAGUUUACUUCAUAAGUAUUGAACCCCUUUGGUGACAUGUUAUGAAAAACAACAUACUGACCAAUGUCACUACUGUGGCUGUUACGGCUAUAUACAUGGAAUGAAAUUAUAACAUGGUCUUUGUGGAUUAAAGGUGUUUCAAAGCGAUAUAUAUUUCCAAAUCUUCUUAAAUGCAUAUUCCUGGUUAAAACGUCAGCGCCUAUUCGUUCCAAAUGUAAAAUAAGUCUCUCAGAUUCAACUCGACGGAUUCGGUAAGAUAGCAAAAUAAGAUCGUCCCCAGAUUUACUACCGGUACUGUAUUUAUAAAGUCUCGUGUGUGAUUGGUUGAUUUCAAAUACUCUUCUUUCGCCCAUUUGAAAUUCUCGAGUAUUUUUGAAUUUCAUUUCCCCACAUAUCUGUCCUGAUGUGAUGUCCAGCAAUAGGUACUCAGGUUCUCUAUUCUUUUCGACAUCAAGUAGAGGGUGUUCUUUGUACCAGUGUAAAAAUGCAUAAUACGUUCUUUCACUUGAAAAGAAUGAUGUAUUAUAGAGGAUUCUGCACGCAUUGGUAUUUGAAUGAUAGUGAUACACAAGUGUAUGCAAAUAAGGGACUGGUUGACCAAUAAAUUGGACAAGUAAAUA